AAAAAGCAGUUACCUUUUUUAUUUACUAUCUACUUCAUUUUGGCGUCAAAAAAGACACAAAUUUUCAAUACAGUAUUAGGAAAUUUGCAAGUUCUACAUGGCGUCGUUGUUGUGUUGCUCAUUUAAUCAGGACCAUGGUUGUUUUGUUUGUGGAAUGACAAAUGGGUUUCGUGUUUAUAACACAUUUCCACUCAAGGAAAAGGAACGUCAAGACUUUCCUGACCCUUGUGGAAUAGCUCAUGCUGAGAUGUUGUUUCGAUGCAAUUACCUUGCUGUAGUGGGAUCUGGCACUUCCGAGUUGUAUCCAAAAAACAAAGUAAUGAUUUGGGAUGAUUUGAAGAAAAAGGUUGUCAUUGAGUUGUCUUUCUCAUCUGAUGUUCGUUCAGUAAGAUUGCGGCGUGACAGAAUCGUUGUCGCUUUAGAUCGGUUAAUAAAAGUUUUCACAUUCACGCAACACCCUCAACCCAUUCAUGUCUUGGAAACUACAAAUAAUCCUGAAGGAAUAUGUCAGUUAUGUCCAAGCAGCAGCAGAUCUUUGUUAGUAUUUCCCUCGAAAACAACAGGGAAUGUUCAGGCUGUUGAUUUAAUGGACACCCAAGCAUUACCUCUUGACAUCCAUGCGCACGAUGGACCCAUUUCAUGCCUUGCACUCAAUGUAGAUGGGUCAAGAUUAGCCACAGCGUCUCAUAAAGGGACAUUAAUAAGAAUAUUUGAUACAACAAAUGGUAAUCAAGUUGGUGAGCUGAGAAGAGGUUCUGGAAAUGCCAAAAUAUAUUGCAUCAAUUUUAACGUGGAUUCUACAUUGUUGUGUGCUUCAAGUGAUCACGGGACUGUACAUAUAUUUUCUAUCAAUGAUGAAGUACCACCAACAACUAAGCCUAACAGUUCUUCAUCUCGUUUCCUGCCCAAGUAUUUUAGCAGCCAAUGGAGUUUUAGUCGAUUUAAUGUUCCAACCUCCUCUCAAUGUAUUUGUGCGUUUACAUCAGAUUCUUCAGCUGUUGUUGCAAUAUGUGAUGAUGGAAGUUACUUUCGCUUCACUUUUAACAACAAGGGUGAAUGUUCAAGGGAUUAUUUUGCUCACUUUCUCGACAUGACAGAUUCAUCUUGAAAGAAGUAAAAAGAAAAUUUUAUUAUAGGUGCAUUCAAGAAAUAUUAUUACAUAUUCAAAUAAAAGUAAUUGCCCGGGUUGCUAAUUUAGCAAAACGAACAGAAUUAAUUUUUUGUGCAAUUGUAAAAAUACAUACAUACUGAAUUUUGUAUUUAUAUCACAUGUAUACUAUUUACCAUAAGUGUUCUUUUUAUUAAUGUCAUUUUUUCAUACAAUGUGCAGUGUGCUGCUCGACCAACUUUUUACAUCAUGAUUAUAACGCUUUUUUAAACAAAUAAAAUGUAAAUGUGAUUUAUUUU